AUGGAAAGAUCAUUUGCUGAAUCACUACCGAAUCCUAUACCGAUAGAGAAUACGAAUUAUCGCCACCGCCACCGACUCAGGGAACGUUCUUAUCGUCCAAACUUACAUCGUGUACUGCACCGAUCAUUUGGUGUCACCUCACGAAUAAUUGGACGAGAUAACGACCAAAAGAAUGAGACGACAGAGCGACUUGGCGAAAAGUCAUUUAUUGGUCCUCCCACUAACGAACGUGGAAUUCUAUGGAAGCUCCCCAUAGCUCCUAUUGAGUCGGCGUCAGCUGCAAGGACAACUGAAAUGCCACCACCAGCCUGGGUGGUUCCAUCUCCUAUUUCCUCAGAGCAAAAGCCCGUCUAUCUAUCGGACAUGCUCGGAACGCAGUCUCAUGCCAUCGAUGCAGCCAUUGCCAAGAUCAAAAGCUACAUUAAAGCCUACAAGAAAACCAGACCGAGGCUCAAAAAACAUCCCGAAAAGGUUAGUUUUGGUUCUCAUGUGGGGAGUGAAACCAAGAACUGUGAACUCUGA